GUCUUAAUAUUGCGUUGGGCCACCAAGAGCCAGAACAGCUUCAAUGCGCCUUGGCAUAGAUUCUACAAGUGUCUGGAAAGCUAUUGGAGGGAUGCGACACCAUUAUUCAACGAGACAAUGCAUCAUUUUGUGUUUUGUAGAUGGUGGUGGGAAACGCUGUCUCAUGAGCCGCUCAGAAUCUCCCUUAAGUGUUCAAUUGAGUUGAGAUCUGUUCACUGGUUGGUUGCAACACAGAGACCCUUUAACCCCCUAUACUCUAACUUCACAAGAUGUUCAGGUAUUCAGUGCCACAACGAUCACGUCCCAACGGGACGCCCACAUUUUAAAUAAUUAAAUAGAUAAUGAGUUUAUACUCAGACCACAUCUCACAAACCAACGCAGCUAAACCUUACUGUCACGAGUACAGCUGGGUUGACUCAUCAAACCAUAGACACGGAGAGGGAUCUAUUGAUGUGUCAUUCUCGUAAAAAACAAAUCAGGAGAAGGCAAUACCCUUUUUUUAUGAUAGUUGAGUAAACAGGAACUGUUAUUGUUGCCGAAAUGUGUUUCCUUUCAGUGUGGUAAGAGUUUGAGACUGCUGCAUUGAGAUACUCAACUAUUUCUCUACGGAUGUGUUAACAAGUUGCGAUGAGUGAUAGAUCAGAAAGUUCUCACUCACUCAGGUGUGGUGAACGUGUCACCAGCCGAGCACGUACAAAGCCCUCUGAUUGGCUAAGCUAAUGUAUUGUUUGCUGUGUGGUUGGGUCGUCAGUCAGAACACUGCACUUGUGCGAUCGUCGGAGUGUUUACAAUUGACGACUUUGAAAUAACUUAUCUUCUUGAUCAACAUUUUUAACGUUUUUUUAACCUCAUCUUUUAAUCAUGAUGUCUGCAUGAGUGCGCGUUUAUACAGAGGAAAGGGUGAAAGGAGUCCAGAGGGGGCGAAGGCUGCUUCCUACAUCCAGGACAUGGAGCUGAGGGAGGAAUGGCAGGAUGAGGAGUUCCCCAGACCUCUUCCUGAAGAUUCCCAUAGUCCUGAGACCCAAGGAGAAAAUGCAGAGAGACCAGCUCCACCCACCAGCCUGGCCCUGUCAGAAAACCCCAUAAGGAAGAAGCGUCUGGUGGCGCCCACCCUCAGCCUGACCCUGUCCCGUACUGACUCAGCGGACCGCAGCGUGAGGUCGGGGGACACCGGGUACUCUGCCGCCGCCCUCUCACCCGACGAAGAUGACACGGAGCUGGACAUCAACCUGGAGGCCCUGGAGACGCCCUCGGACAGCGAGUCCUGCAACUUCCCUGACAGCAUGCACGAACUGGAGUGGGAGGAUGACCUGCCGCGGCUGGGCCGGGGGGAGGAUGGUGUCUCAGGCACCACGGUGAUGGAGCAGGCAGAGAUGGGCUCCAUGGAGCUAGACCAGGUGGACAACAGGGGGCGCCGCUGGAGAAGGUUCUGCGUCACAGGACAGGAGUACCACGUCAACAUGAGUGUCCUGGAGCCAUACCUCCAGGUGCUCUCCCACGGAGGUUAUUACGGGGAGGCUAUGAACGCCAUCAUCACGUUCUCCUCCUGUUACCUACCAGAGAACACGGUGGAGAACUAUGAGUACGUCAUGGACAAUCUCUUCAGGUACAUAGUGGGGACGCUGGACCUGAUGGUGUCAGAAGGCUAUGUCAUGGUGUACCUGUGCAGCAUGGCUCCCAGGAAUAAGAUGCCCGCUAUCAAAUGGCUGCGACAGUGUUACACCUCCAUUGACAGAAGGUACAGUACAUUCCUCUUGCUCUUUCUUUCACAAGGUUCCCUCUGCUGUUGUACUGAAAGAGUCCAGAGGAGGGGGCAAGUGGCCCUCUGUAUAGCACUGCUGUGGUCCAGGAAUUGGACAGAAUGGGAGGACGUAAUGGGAGGGCUCUUAUUCCUGUCCUAUCUAUGCUUCUCCUCCCCUAGUGUGGAAUAUCACAGGAAUGCUAUAAUGAUUCAGGGCUGUGAGGAUCUCUACCACAGGGUAGUAUAAUGUUUCAGGGCUGUGAGGAUCUCUACCACAGGGUAGUAUAAUGAUUCAGGGCUGCGAGGAUCUCUACCACAGGGUAGUAUAAUGAUUCAGGGCUGUGAGGAUCUCUACCACAGGGUAGUAUAAUGAUUCAGGGCUGUGAGGAUCUCUACCACAGGGUAGUAUAAUGUUUCAGGGCUGUGAGGAUCUCUACCACAGGGUAGUAUAAUGAUUCAGGGCUAUGAGGAUCUCUACCACAGGGUAGUAUAAUGAUUCAGGGCUGUGAGGAUCUCUACCACAGGGUAGUAUAAUAAUUCAGGGCUAUGAGGAUCUCUACCACAGGGUAGUAUAAUAAUUCAGGGCUAUGAGGAUCUCUACCACAGGGAAGUGCCCCCUCCGGACAUUCCUCAGAUAACCCUC